CUCUCUCUCUCUCUCUCUGACUUCUGGUUGAUAGGAUAGAGGUGUAGACUCACCAUUUUUCUCUCUCUUUCUCGUGUCUUCUCCUCUCCGUCUCUCUGUUUCUCUCAUCUGUGAUUGAUCGAGAAGAGGGCGUUGGGUUUAGUUUUUUUCUCAGCUUCUCUGGAGUUUUGACCCUUUUCCAGAGCUUCUCUAGAACCAGAGCCCUGCAAAUGACGCGAAUGCUGCUGACCUCGACGCCCAUGGAGAUGCGAGCUCUCGUUUCCAAUUGGUGGGACGAGAUUGACGAAUCCACUCAGUGGCAGGACGGCAUCUUCUUCACUCUCUGCGCCGCUUAUGCUCUCGUUUCCUCCGUUGCUCUGUUUCAAUUGGUAAGGAUUGAGUUGAGAGUGCCUGAGUAUGGUUGGACAACGCAGAAGGUUUUCCAUCUUAUGAAUUUUGUUGUUAAUGGAGUGCGUGCAAUUGUCUUUGGACUUCACAAGCAAGUAUUUCUUUUGCACCCAAAGGUAUUAACGUUGGUGUUAUUGGAUCUUCCGGGACUGCUCUUCUUCACCACUUACACACUUCUUGUCCUUUUUUGGGCAGAGAUUUAUCACCAGGCAAGAAGUUUACCAACAGAUAAGCUCAGGAUUUUUUAUAUUUCAAUCAACGUGGUGAUGUACGUUAUACAGGUUUGCAUCUGGAUAUACCUCUGGAUAAAUGACAACAGUGCUGUGGAAUUCAUUGGAAAGAUAUUUAUUGCAGUUGUGUCUUUCUUAGCUGCAUUAGGGUUCUUGCUAUAUGGAGGAAGAUUAUUUUUCAUGUUAAGACGCUUCCCCAUUGAAUCUAAAGGGAGAAGGAAGAAGCUCCAUGAGGUUGGAUCUGUGACAGCCAUAUGUUUUACCUGUUUUCUCAUACGAUGCUUUGUGGUUGUACUAUCUGCCUUUGAUGCUGAUGCAUCCCUAGAUGUUUUGGAUCAUCCACUUCUGAAUUUGAUCUACUACUUGCUGGUUGAGAUCCUGCCUUCAGCUCUUGUCCUUUACAUCUUGCGAAAACUGCCGCCCAAAAGAGUAUCAGCCCAAUACCACCCGAUCCGUUAGGACUUUGAGCAAGGAGCAGCAUUAUUGCCAGAUAAUAGAAGAUAGAUGUUGAACUCUGGUGUCGCUGGUGACUGGUGUUGCUGGAAAUUUUUUCUUAGGUGUGCAAUACACAGCUAUCUGCGGCUUGCCAGGGAGAGCUUGAUUUGGUUUCUUUAUGGGUUUUUGAUAGGUCAGCAGUUUAUUUGAUCAUGCGGCAAAACGAAAUUUUCCUGUAAUUUUCAUGCCGUAGGUGAUUUUUCUGUCCAUUUUAAGAGUUCUCACGGUUGAUUAUUUGUCUUAAUUAUUCAUCUUUUUCGUCCUUGGUGAGUGAAUGGUCUAAAAUAUAUUAGGUUUUUAGCCUUCCUGUUGUAAAUGUUCGUUACAUGUUCUACCUAUUGCUUGAUCCAUCAAUAAGGUUGCAACUUGCAAGUAAAUGUACCUUUCACUUUUUUUUGUGUGGCCCCUUGGAAGUUGAACCAUAUAUCAUGAUUGGUUGCCACUCUA